AUGUUAACACACAAAGUGCUCUGUCGUUCAAUCCGCCCGGGGGAUUGGUUUGUAACGAUAGAUCUUUCAGAUGCAUAUUUCCACAUCGCCAUUUAUCCUGCACACAGGAAAUUUCUCAGGUUUGCGUAUCAGGGCAGAGCCUACGAAUACCAAGCCAUCCCAUUCGGGCUGUCAUUGGCACCGAGGGUGUUCACCAGGUGUGUGGAGGCGGCGCUGUCUCCGUUGAGGAACAGCGGUAUCAGAAUAUUUUCGUACAUAGACGACUAUCUGGUCUGCUCCCACUCUCGGGAGCAGGCUGUCAAGAGAUUCCACUACGGUGAUAACUCAUCUCAGGGAUCUGGGGUUCAACAUAAACUGGGCGAAGAGCCGAGUGGAACCCGCGCAAUGUACGGAGUAUUUGGGUCUCAAAAUAAACUCCCUCUCUUAUCGCGUCACGCUAUCGGAGGGGAGACUAGCGUCUCUGGGGCACUGCCUCUCCCUUUUCCGGCUGAGCAAAGCCGUGCCAUUCAGAUUAUGCCUGCGCCUGCUUGGCCUGAUGGCGUCAGCAGUGUCUGUGGUACACUUGGGGCUGCUAAUGAUGAGAGAUUUUCAGCGUUGGGUGGCAGCAUUACACAUGUGCCCACGCAGUCACCUCAACCGGAGGGUGAAAAUAACGCUAGCGUGCAUAGCAGCCCUUCACCCGUGGAGAGACACGGUGACUCUCGCGUCAGGUGUCCCGCUUGGGGCGGUGUCAUCCAGGGUAACCAUGACAACGGACGCGUCCUUGUCAGGAUGGGGAGCGACGUUGUUGGGGAGAACAGUGAAUGGCACAUGGAGCCGGAGAUUAGCCCAGGCUCACAUAAAUGUCUUGGAGCUUAUGGCAGUGUUUCUGGCUCUGAAACAUUUCCUGCACUUUCUCCAAGGUCGUCAUGUUUUAGUGAAAACAGACAAUUCCACAGUGGUCGCAUACAUCAACCGCCAGGGCGGCACUCGCUCACUGCAGCUACACAUGUUAGCUCGCAGGGUGAUUUUGUGGAGCAGUGUGAGACUGCUGUCUCUCCGAGCAACACACGUGCCGGGCGUUUUAAACAGAGGGGCAGAUCUCCUGUCACGGGGGAAUCCUCUGUACGGAGAGUGGACUCUCCACCCACAAGUGGUGGAACAAGUCUGGCGGAGAUACGGUCGAGCAGCCGUAGAUCUCUUCGCCUCGCAGGAAAACACACAGUGUCCAAUGUUCUUCUCUCUGUCAGACGUAAAUGCACCGCUGGGUGUGGACGCUCUAGCUCACCCGUGGCCAAACGUGCUGCUCUAUGCAUUUCCCCCCCUCAGUCUCAUCUCUCCCACUCUGGCGAGGGUGAGAGGGCAGGGCCUAUCGUUAAUCCUGAUAGCGCCGCGGUGGCCAUCCAAGCACUGGUUGGCGGAGAUAAUACAGCUCCUGGUGGGAGAGCCAUGGCCUCUCCCCACACGCAGAGACCUCCUCUCCCAAGCGGGCGGGGAAAUUUACCACCCCCACCCGGACCGCGUAGCGCUCUGGGCUUGGCCCGUGAGAGGUGGAACCUGAAUGCAUCAGGCCUGUCAGAGCAGGUCAUUGACACCAUUCAGAGCGCAAGGGCCGCGUCCACCCGCUCUCUUUACAGCGGAAAGUGGCGGGUUUUUGAGGAGUGGUGUGAACGUAGGGAUACAAUCCCUUUUCAGUGUUCUGUGGUGGACCUGCUGUGUUUCCUACAGUACCUGAUGGAUGAAGGACGAGCUUUCUCCACAAUUAAGGUGUACUUGGCUGCUGUCUCAGCCUGCCACGUGGGUUUUGGGGAUAAGCCCGCGGGGCAACAUCCCUUGGUUUGUCGUUUCAUGAAAGGGGCACGUCGCAAGCUCCCAGUUUCCAGGCCCCUGGUUCCUCUAUGGGACUUAUCGGUCGUGUUGGACGCCCUCUCUCAUCACCCAUUUGAGCCUAUGGAGGCGGUGGGGAUGAAGUUUGUCUCUCUUAAAACAGCUUUGCUCUUGGCUUUAACCACUGCAAAGCGAGUGAGUGAUUUACAGGCUUUGUCUGUUCAGCAAACCUGUCUCCAGUUUGCCCCAGGGCUCUCUAGAGUCUGUUUGCGGCCCAACCCAGCAUUUGUGCCUAAAGUGGUGGAGUCAGCCUACAGGUGCCCCUCAGUGGAGCUCCGGGCUUUCCACCCGCCUCCGUUCUGCUCAGAAGAGGAGAGAAGGCUUCACAUGUUGUGCCCUGUCCGGGCCCUGCACAUGUAUGUGAGUCGGACGGCUGUGUUCAGAAAAGCUGAUCAGCUGUUCGUGUCCUGGGCUACACCCCACAAGGGUAAGCCGUUGUCCCGCCAGAGGCUGUCCCACUGGAUUGUGGAGGCCAUAUCAUUGGCCUAUGAGUGUAAAGGUUUGCAGGCCCCGCGGGGUCUGAGAGCUCAUUCAACGAGAGGCAUGGCCACUUCAUGGGCCCUUUUCAGGGGUGUUUCAGUGGCAGAAAUUUGUGCGGCAGCAAGCUGGGCUACGCCUCACACUUUUGUGAGGUUCUACAGGCUCGAUGUUUCCGGACCGUCCCUGGCACAGGCUGUGCUGGAGGUGACGGCGCCCGGGUUGGUGUGAGUCUCGGUUCAAUGUUAUUUGGCUUCGGGAGAUUCAGGCAAUCCGGGAGUGGUCUAUAUCUCCCAUAGUGAAACACCGAACGAAGUUAGAAAAAGAACUUUAGGUUACUUAACGUAACCCCGGUUCUUUGAUAACAGAGUGAGGUGUUUCACCAACAUGUCCCUCCUUGCAGAGACACGGAAAGAAACCUAUCUGGAAUGAUUUGUAAGGAGCCGGUCGACUGUGAUUAUAUGAGGGGGCGUGGCCCCAGCACAGUUCGACCUGUCUGUCACGGACAGACGUGGUGUCAUUGGAGCUUCCAUAGUUGGUCACGCCGAGGCGAUUCCCAUAGUGAAACACCUCACUCUGUUAUCAAAGAACCGGGGUUACGUUAAGUAACCUAAAGUU